CGUGGCUGCUCUUGAACGCAGCUCUGCCUCCUUUACGCAACACAGAGGAGCCUCUUCCCGGACGGAGGAGCAGCGGCUUCACUGUCACACAAGGCAGCGGCGAUGAGCAGCGUGCAGGAGCAGCUGUUGGACAGGUUUUUGGACGCGGCGGCCGGCGGCGAGCUGAGCCAGCUGUCCGCCCUGCUGUCCCGCUCGCUGGCCCUCCUCAACCAGGCCGGACGCAACGGCUGGACGGCCCUGAUGCUCGCCGCUCGCAACGGACACUUCCACGUAGCCGAGGCUCUGCUGUCUCAGGGCUGUGACAAGUUCUUGGUGAACAGCUCGUCCCAGACCGCCUACGACAUCGCCAAGUUCUGGGGCCACAGACACAUCGCCAACCUGUUGGCCCGGACCGACGACGGCUGCCAGCGCCUCCUGCCGACGCCCGACCUCAUCCCGCAGGAGAACUACUUCAGCAGAGAGACUCUGGACCGAGCGAGCGAGAAGAGGAGCGACGCCGCCUGGCUGGAGGCCAAACAGAGCAGCCCGGACUCCGUCUUCCUUCUCUUCUCCAACCUCAGCCCCAUGCUCAGCUCGCUGCCCCAAGCCAGCUCAGAGGUUGAAGCCAAGCUGUGUCGCUUCAAAUAUGAGACGGUUAAAGAUUUACUGCAGAAACCGGGGACUGUGCUCAUCUUCCUUGGGGUGGAGAAGAGGAAAAAGCCAUCCUCGUCCUCCUCCUCUCAGACAGAGGAGAGGACUGGGGAGCCUCCUGCUUGGUUUGCCAUCAACACAGACGAAGAUUCGGCUGAUCUUCUUAAACUCUGCAAAGAAACAAGCAGAUUCUUCCCCCAGAGACUCAACAGAGAUCUGUUGAAACUCAGCGAGGACGAGGCCGGUAUCGUGGCCCAGGCCCGGGCGGUCUUGUCCUGGCACAGCCGCUACAGCUUCUGCUCGACGUGCGGCAGCGCCACCAAACCGGAGGAGGGAGGACACAAGAGGAGCUGCCUGAACGCCGACUGCCGGAGCCUGCAAGGCGUCCACAACACCUGCUACCCGCGAGUCGACCCGGUGGUCAUCAUGCUGGUGAUCCAUCCUGAUGGAAACCAGUGUUUACUGGGAAGGAAGAAGAUCUUCCCAGUCGGCAUGUUCUCCUGUCUGGCUGGAUUCAUAGAACCUGGGGAGACGAUCGAGGAGGCGGUGCGGCGGGAGGUGCAGGAGGAGAGCGGCGUGUCGGUCGGCCCGGUGCAGUACGUCUCCUGUCAGCCUUGGCCGAUGCCGUCCAGCCUCAUGAUUGGCUGCCUGGCCGUCGCCGUGUCGACCGACAUCAAAGUGGACCAGAACGAGAUCGAGGAGGCUCGCUGGUUCCCACGGCAACAGGUGAUUGAUUCUGUGUUCAGAAGAGCCAACGUUACCUUCACGCUGCCUCCCAGACAGGCCAUCGCCUACCAGCUGGUCAGGCACUGGAUCGGCAUGACCUCCAACCUGUGACCUGUGACCUUUGACCUCGAAACUUCCACUCCCACACACCCACACACACACACACAGACAGCCUCCAGCCGGUCAGAGGGGCCAGCGUGGAGAAAAGGCCAGCGUGAAUCCGGACUCAGGGUGGUUUUUAACGGCGAGGCUGCUGCCGGGCGGAUUAUUCCGGCGCCUCUGAGCUUCGCAGAACACGGUGCUCUGAUUUGGGUCGUGUCUGCUGUUCAAAUCCUACAGAACAGAGCAGUGCUGCAUCACUGGUGAACCGGACAACUGAGUCGUAUAUUUUCUGACCAAUCACAGGAGGAUCUUUGGACUGUACUGGGAUUCAGAUUUGACACCAAUUUUUAGGAUAAUAAAAAUAUGAAUAAUAAUGGUAAUAAUAUAUAUGAUCUCUCAUGACACUUUGUAGCGAUUUGUUCCCAAACAGAGUUACCUCUUUGCAACCUGUGUGCCUGUAAGACUGAUCAUAUCUCAGCAGCAUGGGAGCGACUUCCUACGCUCAUAUGGCGUAAAACUCUUAGAACUGAACAAUACUGCAUCAAAGUUUGCCUAAUUAAAUAACACAAUAUUAAAUAAAUCACCCAAAAUGAAAAACUAUCACUGUAGAAAAAAGUUCAGUAAUAGAUUUAGCAUUUUAAUAUUGGUGAUGAAUCUCUCUUGUAUUUUGCAUCUUGUAUCUUUUUUGUCUUGUCUUCCAUAGUGAACAAACGCAGAUUUAAACUACAAACACACACAUCUGACACCCUCAGGAAAGGCAGAGGGAAACUGGAGAUAAAGUGUGCUUUAUUAAACUCACAUUUAUGUUUUUUAUUGAAUUAUUUAAUUCAAUAAAAAAUGUAUAAUUAUUAUUUAUCGUAUUACGGCAUAGGCUCAUUAUUUUAGGAAUAAUGCAUGGCUCAUAUUCACACUCACAAAAACAAAAACAAUGAAGGAAGAGGUGGUGGUUUGAACGGCUUUCAAAAAAGAACGGAGCCGAAAGAGCCGGUUCCCGUCAAAGAGCCGAAAUUCCCAUCAGGAAACAGUGACCUGGGAAUUUGCCAUUUUUUCUCCCACUCCCACAACAUUGACCGAAUCAACAAAGGAUACAAGGAUACAAGGAAGUUUAUUUGUCAUUAUACAACAGGUUGUAUAGUGAAAUUAAAAUGUGGUUCCCUCUUGGUUGAUUAAUUGAUUGAUUAGUCAAAGAAAGACAACACUGUGCAAACUGAAACAACACCGGGUUCAGAGAGGAACCCAUUUCUCUGAACGUCCUCAGACUUCCUGAUGUCACCAGCAAGGAAACAACAUGCAACUGGAAAUUAUGCAUUAAUUUGUCAUAUGAAACACUAAAUGGACUGAUUUCAUCUUGUUUGUGUGUCCCUUGAGUGCAGGAACAGUUCAACCAAAAUGCAACAAAAGUGGAUUUUCCCCACAUUCCUCUGGUGCCGUCUCUCCAUCAGAUAGACCCGUGUGAUCUGGCGAGGUUUCCGCUCUGAGUUUCUUCUUCUUUUGUUGAGCUUAAAAACCAUCAAAAAUUUGAAAUGUCUAAAAGCUCACACAUGUAUGAGGUGGAAAGCACACAGAGAAGAUCACGGCAAACUGGAAACCUCACCAAAUCACACAGAAACAAUCAGGACGGAUAGACGGCAACAGGGUGAGUGAGAAAAUAUCUUCUUUUUUUUUGAUUUUUGGUGAACUCUUCCUUUUAGGAAAGCCCUUUGUUAAUUAACACCAUGACAUUGAGAAAUAUGAUUGUGACCUCUUUGAAUCUUCAAAUCCAGUCGUUGACGAGGGAACCCGAUUGGUGGAUUGACCCUAAAAAUCCUCCAGGGUCAAACUAAGGUGAUGAAACCACAUCUGAGUGUUUGAGAAAAAAAAUUACAUGUUGAAAUCAAUGACUGACAUGAUUUUACACAUGAUUUUAUUGUGUCAUGAGAAAGCGCACUUAUUAAAAGUCCUUCAUCCUGCACGUCUUCA